GAGACGAGUAAAAACAUUGGAUUGAAACAAGUUACAAUAUUGUAAAACCCAAGAGACAAUCAGAUACGGUAGAAACUGCGCCAGACACGAAUACUGAAAAUUUUAACCAACAAUUGAGACUCGGAAACAUUAAAAUAUGGGACCCAACGAAGUUCAUAAAAAUGCAUUACCCAGUCAAACCUUUAACAAUGUUUACAAUCACACUACAGUAUCGAAUAAUCAAGGUAGUACUGUAAUCCAUACACCAGUUCGAAAUGAAUCUACAUCAGCAGUUCAAGUACCAUUGACUGCUCGGUCACAAGUAGCAGAACCAUCAACACCAAAUUAUUCUUAUACACCCCAAGCUGCAAAUCCACAUAAUUCUAUGACUGCAUUGACUCCUAUGUCCAGUGGAACAAAACAAGUAGAGAACAGCAUAAAGUUGCAAAACUGUGUUUCUACAGUAAGUUUGGGAUGUGAGCUAAAAUUAUUAGAUAUAUACUGUAGAACAAGAUUUUCGGAGUAUAAUCCAUCUCGAUUUCGUGGUGUGGUUAUGAAAAUUUUAGAGCCUCGAGCAACAGCACUUGUUUUUAGAUCUGGCAAAAUUGUGUGCACAGGAGCAAGAAAUGAACAUGAUUCAUAUGUCGCUGCUAGAAAGUUCGCAAGAAUUAUACAAAAAUUAGGAUUUCCUGCUAAAUUUCUGGAUUUUAAAAUACAAAACUUCAUUGCUACAGCUGAUUUGAGAUUUCCUAUAAGAUUAGAAGCUCUACAACAGGCACACGGACAAUUCACAUCAUAUGAACCUGAGUUAUUUCCAGGGCUGGUUUAUAGAAUGGUUCGCCCAAGAGUGGUAUUGCUGAUAUUUGUAAAUGGAAAAAUAGUAUUCACAGGUGGCAAAACACGAAAUGAGAUACAUGAUGCUCUAGAUAUAAUUUACCCCAUUUUACGAAGUUAUAGAAAAAGUUAAUAUAUUAAUAGUUAUGUAAAUAUAAUAAA